AUGCGGAUCCACGAUUGUAGAGAAGACAUGUUGCGCGACAUAGUGCGCGAGCCUGGUUGGAAGAUGGCAGAAGUAGGAUGUUUCAUAGGCGACUUUGCGGCGUUCCUCUCUACGCUGGAACCCGCCGAACUGCAUCUGAUAGAUCCAUUCGAGGGCGUGCUGUGUUCCGGUGAUAAAGACGGAGUGAACAUCAGACAUUGCGAUGGCGACUCGGCUUACGAGUACGUCUGCAGCCGUUUUCGCGACGAUCUGAGAGUGCGUGUUCAUCGCACCACCUCCCCGGGAGGCCUCAUGCGGUUCGGUCAGGGUUACUUCGACGUCGUCUAUCUGGACGGCGAUCACACAUACGAAGGCGUCAUGCGAGACCUCCCGGCGGCGUUCUCCAGGCUGAGAGGCGGGGGAUGGUUGACGGGUCACGACUACUCGGUGAAUCCGGAGAGAUGUCCGUUCGAGUACACUUUCGGAGUCAGGAGAGCCGUAGACGCCUUCUGUCAGACCCACGGUCUCACCGUAUCUCACGUCGCGAACGACGGCUAUCGCAGCUACGCUAUACAAAAACCGAU